GUUGUCAGAACGGAACUGUAUAGAGAUUGUCACUAAACUGAUAGCGGAAAAGCAGUUGGAGGUAGUGCACACGCUUGAUGGAAAAGAGUAUGUCACUCCAGCACAAAUUACUAGGGAGAUCCAGGACGAGCUUCACGUUUGUGGUGGUCGAGUAAACAUUGUUGACUUACAACAGGUAAUAAAUGUGGACCUUCUGCACAUUGAAAACAGAGCUAACGACAUUGUUAAAUCAGAAAAAAGUAUUCAGCUUGUACUGGGACAGCUUAUAAAUGAGAGUUACCUGGAUCAAUUAGCAGAAGAAAUAAAUGAUAAACUACAGGAAACUGGCCAGGUGACGGUAUCAGAACUCUGCAAGGCGUAUGACCUUCCGGGAGACUUCCUGAUUCAGGCGUUAUCCAGACGUUUGGGUAGAAUUAUUCGUGGACAACUAGACCAGGAAAACCGUGGGGUGAUUUUUACAGAAGCCUUUGUGUCCCGUCAUCGAGCACGCAUUCGUGGUCUCUUCACUGCAAUUACUCGGCCUACACCUGUAAGUAAUUUGAUCACUCGGUAUGGAUUUCAAGAACAUUUACUCUACUCUGUGCUAGAAGAACUUGUUAACAGCGGUCGUCUAAAAGGCACCGUGGUUGGUGGGAGACAGGAUAAGGCUGUGUUUAUUCCAGAUAUCUAUGCCAGAACACAGAGCAACUGGGUGGAUUCCUUUUUCAAGCAGAAUGGUUACUUAGAAUUUGAUGCGUUGUACAGACUUGGCAUCCCUGACCCAGCAGGCUACAUUAAAAAAAGAUACAAGUCCGCACAGCUCUUAUUUCUGAGAGCAGCUUGUGUUGGUCAAGAAAUUGUGGAUCAAGUUGAAGCCUCUGUAGAGGAAGCUAUCAGCUCUGGAAACUGGAUAGAUGUAGCAACUCUUCUGCCCAGUUCAUUGUCCGUAGAAGAUGCUGGGAUUUUGCUUCAGCAUGUGAUGAGAUCUUUAAACAAAAGUUCUUCAGGUUUAGUCUUCAGUGACACCAUUGUGGUCAGUGAGAAAUUUCUGAGCAGCUGUGCUGAUCUGUUUUCUGAUAAGAUGCAACAGAAAGCUGAAAAGGAAAUGAAAAGUAACCCUGUUAAUUUAAUCACUGAAGAAGAUUUAAAACAGGCUUCUGGUUUAGAGAAUUCAUAUGCUAAUAAAAAAGACAAAAAGGAUGAACGAAGAAAGAAGGCAACUGAGGGCAGUGGAAGCGUGAGAGGAGGAGGAGGUGGUAAUGCCAGGGAGAUCAAGAUUAAGAAAACUAAGAAGAAAGGAAGAAAGGAUGUGGACAGCGAUGAAGAGUUGCAAGCUACUAGCACAGGUAGGAAUAAGCAGCCGGAGUUCCCUUUCAUGUCAGAGGAGGAAAUUCAGGACGUUUUGAAGACCCACAUGGCAGAUUGUCCUGAAGAGCUUAUUGCGGAACUUGCUGAGCAUCUAAUAAGACCUUUAACAAAAACUUACCAGGAAGUUGUGCGUUCUGUUUUUACAUCUUCAACAUCUUCCUCUGGAGCUAGCAGAAGACAGACUAUGAAGGAAUUGCAGGAGGAAUUCUCAAACUUGUACAACAACAUUCGGUUAUUUGAAAAGGGAACAAAGCAUUUCACAGAUGAGACUCAGACUAACCUUGCCAAACAUCUGUUGAAGACUAUCUGUACAGACAUUACAAAUCUUAUUUUCAACUUCCUAGCAUCUGAUUCAAUGAUGACAACAGAAAAUUAUUCUACCAUCACAAGUGAGGUCCGAACCAAGAUUUUAGGUAAAUUGCCAGAAGACAGCAAAGGUCCUUUAACUAAACUGCAUACUUCUCUGAAUGGCAAGAGUAUAGAAGACUUUCUUUCAUGCCUUGAUUCUGCAGUGGAUAUUUGUGGUAUAAUGGUGAAAAAAGGAGACAAAAAGAAGGAAAGGCAAGUCCUAUUUCAGCAUAAACAAGCUCUGAUUGAACAGCUGAAAGUCACAGAAGAUCCAGCUCUUGUUCUGCACCUGACAUCAGUACUGCUAUUUCAGUUUUCAACCUCCUGUAUGCUUCAUGCACCAGGAAGAUCAGUACCACAGAUCAUUAAUUUCCUAAGUGGCAAGAUCCCAGAGGAUCAGCAUUCUCUGUUAGUCAAAUACCAGGGAUUAGUAGUGAAACAGCUGAUCAGCCAGACAAAGAAAACAGAACAGGGAAUCGGUGAUACAACAGAUAACCUGGUAGAGGAAGAAGGAGCAGAUACUAUUGGAAAAGAGCUCCAGGAAAUCACUACCUCUAUCAAAGAGCUUGUUCUCAGACCUAGGAAAUCUUCUGUAACAGAGGAAUAAAGUUAUUGUUCAGUGCAUCCACACCCAUGAUACAG